AUGAUUUCAUUAACGUGGGGACUGAUGUGUUUCAUUGGCAUCCAGGUAUCGGGAUCCCUGGCAAUUGCCCCCCAGUUUGGGUCACGCCACCGGCAGAUCCACUCAAUUAGUCCCUCAGUCUCCCGAGUGUCCCCGCGUGUCUCUACAAGGGGCCACCAGCGCCUUGGAAAUGUCAAAUCCAUCGAAUUAACCUCUGAUGAAAUGCCAAGUGUUGAACGUUUUCAAGACGUCCAGCUGAUUGAAUACAACGGCCGAGGCUUCCAGCAGAAGGGUGGCCGGACAGGUACCAACAACUACCUAACGCAAGACAGAGGGACAGCUGUCAAUGGAGCAACAAGAUCAAACUGCAGAAAUCGGCCUAUAGACCUGGUGUUCAUCAUUGACAGUUCCCGCAGUGUACGUCCUGCUGAGUUUGAAAAGGCCAAGGAGUUCCUGCAAGACAUGGUGGACAGCUUGGAGGUUGGCUCAGAUGCCACACGAGUAGGCCUCGUCAAUUAUGCCAGCACAGUGCAGAUCGAGUUCCUACUCAAGACCUAUUUUGACAAGUCUGCCAUGAAACAGGCCCUGGCCCGAAUUGAGCCCUUGUCUUCAGGUACCAUGACAGGCAUGGCCAUCCAGACUGCCAUGGAGAAAGCUUUCACAGCGGAGGCAGGGGCCAGAACUACCUCCACGAGCAUCACCAAAGUAGCCAUCAUAGUGACGGACGGGAGACCCCAGGACAAGGUGGAAGAGGUAUCAGCCGCUGCUCGAGCAUCUGGGAUUGAGAUCUACGCAGUGGGAGUAGACAGAGCUGAUAUGAUGUCCCUCCGCCUCAUGGCCAGCCAACCUCUGGAUGACCAUGUCUUCUAUGUGGAGACCUAUGGUGUCAUAGAGAAGCUCACUUCCAAAUUUAGGGAAACCUUGUGUGGUCUGGAUGCAUGUGCCCGAGGACACAAUUGCCAACACAUUUGUGUCAACAGUGGAGACUCAUACAACUGCCAGUGUCGUGCAGGCUACGUCUUGAACCCGGACCAGAAAACAUGCUCACGUUCUGAUCCAUGUGCCAAUGGACAUGAUUGCCAGCACAUUUGUAUAAACAAUGAUGAUUCAUACAUCUGCGAUUGUCAUGAGGGAUAUGUGUUGAAUCCAGAUAUGAAAACAUGUUCUCAAACUGAUGCAUGUGCCAUGGGACACAGCUGCCAACACAUCUGUGUCAACAAUGGGAACUCGUACAUCUGCAAGUGUCAAGUGGGAUACGUAUUGAACAUGGAUCAGAAAACAUGCUCACGUACAGAGGAAAUGAGAAGUGAAAUAACCCAAGAUGCCUGCAAGUGUGAAGCUCAGAUUUUGUUCCAGACGAAACUGCAGUCGACUAUUCAGGAGUUGAGCAGAAAACUUGAUGAACUUUCAGAGAAAGUGAACCUGCUUGACAGCCGGCAGCAGUAUUAA